CUUACCCAUCAAUGUUUUUUGUAUUUUCUUUAUUUUCAUACCGGUUUUUCAGGCGUUACUAACGUUAUUUUUUUUUAUUUGUUGAUUAAAAAGUUCAUCUACUCUUUUAAUAUUAGCUAGCGAAGCGGAACACCUGUCUCUCUAUUUUGUCGCUUAAAAUUAUUGAAAAUAUUUUUGCGAGAAUCAUUUUUUGCGAAUUCAGCUUUUUAUUUAAAAACAAAAUACAAGAUUCACAAUGAUUAACUUAAAUCAUCAUAUUAUAAUCAAGUUUUUAUCGGACACAACACUCAACUGUACUCAAAGAACUUCAUUGCUAAUAAGAUUUUAAAUUCCAUUUUAAUACAUUUCAUCCUAUCAAUCAAAUUUUAUUCUGAAUUUAAAUCAUGCGAAAUUGCACUUUUUAAAUAAUUAUUUACACAAGAUCAUAAUUGGCACUUUCUAAAGAAAAUAUUGUCUACGAUUUCAUCAUUCAUUUGUCAACUUUACUUUUCAAAAUAAUUCCUAAAUUUGAAAUAAUUAAUUAAAAGAAGGAAGGAGAGAAACUCAGAAAAAGGGACUUUUUCCAUCUUUCGGACGCAACACCGGCGACAUGGAUGAGCAAUGACCCGUGCUUCUGUUACCUGGCCCGAUGAAUACGAGCGACCAGAGUCUUCGUUCCACAAUCGGACCCGACGGAACGUCGCAAAGAUUCAACGGAUGGCUGUUCUGGCGUUUCGAACUGCCCCCUGUCCAAGACGACGAAUUCUCGACAAUCCUCCAAAACAUGAAUGCCACUCCCGGCACACCCCGUUCCCUUGGCAACGGAGAACGACAGCACCACGCGACUGAUGCGAGGUUUUCUCCCCACUCCGAUAGUGGACUCCGCCAGGCAUGCUUCUCAAAAAUCGAUGCGGCAGGAAAUCAGUACGGGUGUCGCAGCAGAAGCGAUCGCCCACUUUCGUUCUAUGGAGAACUCCGCCUGCAUCCUCAGUAUGAGGGCUGGAAGUCAGACGAGGAUUUACCAUCGCCCGAAGAAGAGCACGUGAGCAUGGGCAAUCUCAGUAGCCAGCAAGGCGACAAGAAGGGGAAGGCGGGUUCCACCGAUGGCGCCAAAACAGGUGCUAAAUUCCGGUUCGGAAAAGGAGGAGAACCCAAACAAAAAGGCAAAAAGCCACUGCAUUCUGAACCGGAUCCUAAUGGAGCUGCCGCCAGACCAAGGUCCGAUGUCAUCGUUGAAUCCACGCCGAGUCCUGGCAGUUCCAUGUCCAGCUCUGUAUAUGUGGACACUCACAGCCACUUGCCAACUCCCAAUGAGGGUGGAGGAGAGGAUGACUCAAUACUGGAUGGGGAUUCCCAAGUGUUGGACGAUGGUACUGCGACUCUGCAAGACGCAUCGCCUGGCAGUCUCAGUGACAUAACUGUUUUCUGCGAUGAUGCUAAACAAGACGUCAUGUCCACUGUCAUGAAACGUCCGACACAGUCCCUACCUUGCACGCCUGCUGCGGAUACCCAUUCUGAAUCCGGCUUUUCCACAAUGGGUUUCCCGACUAUCUACGAAUCCAGGUAUAGGGAAGCUGAAUCCUCUUCCUACAGCAGUGGCGGUCGCGAUCUGAGCACCAGUUCCUCUAGUAGCAGCAUGGAUAUUCAUGAUCUUAAUGGACACUAUAGGCAGCAGAGGGGAUCAGUAGACUCCUCCACCUUACCAUUUACACUGACCCAACAUCGUAAGGUGGUUCUGCCCCCACACAAGUUUGUUGGACCGUCAAUCUCUGCUUCACUUCCAAAUGGAAAAUCAGCUAUGUCUGGUUCGGAGGAAUGUCUGAGGCCAGCAAAUCUGUACGGGAAUGGUAGUGAACAACAACAACAGCAGCAGCAACAACAACAUCAGGCAUCCCCUGCUCGAAGACAUUCUUCAUAUGGGGACGUGCCCCCGCUGGAUGGGAACGUACUUCGGAAAGUAGCUUCGCUAACUCUCGAUAAGGCUACAAUCGAUUCUAAGGUUAACCGACCGAAAUUCGUACCGGAGAAGCUGGACUUCAGCCUGUACGAGAAAUUCGAAGGUCAGAUGCUUCUUCACUGGCUGUGUUCUGCCUUUCCGGAUGACCAUUACUUACGGUUCCUUCUUUCCAAACAAGAUCUCAAAAUCCUGGCUGCUCAGUUUUGUACGAACCUUUUGGCUGCGGGGGUCUUAAGGCAAAUCGAAGAUGAAAAUGCACCCCUCGCCAAUCUGUUUCGUCCGGACCUCAUGUAUUAUUGGACGCAUUCUGAAUCCCGAACUUCAAGUGCCCCGCCUCCUGGGAAACUGCCUCCGAGCGUGUGGCCCACGACGACGGCCUCUGAUGUAUCUGAAAAUAAAUCUGGACAAACGUUUAGCGAAGCCGAGGUGCAAAACAUGAUCUUAAAUUUGAAGAAAGAACACAGGGAAACUGUGGACAGAAUACAAAAAGAACGAGAAAUAGCACUCUUCAACCUUCGUGGCGAACAAGCAUCCAAGAUGAACGAGUACGAGAAAAAAGUAAGCCGUCUCCAAAGAGAGGUCGAGAAAUACCAAACUCUAGCCGCUAUCGAAGAACUCACUCGCAAAGCUAAACGGGAUUUGGAUACAAGUCCUCUUUCACCUUCAUCUGACCUUAAAUCAUUUCUCACAUCCAAUAGCCAAAUACCAGAAUCCUUGGUGCCCAAGUCAAGGUAUUGCCAAACUGAACCGUUUUACCUGAUUUCCACAUCAGCCCAAACAGAUGUCACUGCAGUCACAGACACUGCAUCUUCUCCCAUCAAAGAACUGUUAAGUGGUCUGAACCAGAAGUCAGCGAAACCUCUUGUUCAGACUGUUUCACCGUUGCAACAACAGACUGUGCAAGGCGAGGACCAGUCUAAAACGGGCGAAACCGUGGCUGGAGUGGAACCAUCUCCUGGCAAGACUGUUCUGUCUCCAGGUGAGGUACAACCAGUUACGACUUCUGGCAUACCACCACCACCACCUCCUCCACCACCACCGCCGCCGCCUUCAUUGUCAUUUACUUUGGCAGCUGCAUCAGGCAUUCCUACUUCAUCAUCACAUUCUUCAUCUUGUACAGUACCACCACCACCUCCCCCUCCUCCUCUUCCUAGUGGUAGUGGAAUACCGCCGCCACCACCUCCUCCACCUCUACCCAGUGGCAGUGGAAUACCUCCACCACCACCUCCUCCGCCACCGCCUUGCAGUAGUGGGAUUCCUCCUCCACCCCCACCACCUCCUCCUCCAAGUGGUAGUGGUAUACCGCCUCCUCCCCCUCCACCACCUCCUUGUGGCAGUGGAAUACCUCCACCACCACCUCCUCCGCCACCUGGUAUUGGGGGAGGGCCUCCACCUCCUCCACCACCACCUGGUAGUUUUGGAAUACCACCACCACCUCCCCUUCCUGGUGGAAUGCCACCCCCUCCUCCACCACCUGGGUCAGCAACUACACCAACUAGUGGAAUGCCAGUGUCACCAUCUCCAUUACCACCUCCUCCACCUGGGGGAUGGUAUGGGGCAUAUAAAACAGCUCGCAAACCUCCUGUUAGCCCUAAGGUUCCCAUGAAACCCCUGUACUGGACCCGAAUUCAAGUUCAGGAUCCACCAGCUGCUGUUCCAGAAACAAAAACUUGUCUGUGGCAGAAACUCGAGGAAACUGCUCCAGGUGAUUUGGAUGAGUUUACUGAACUCUUUUCUCGACAAACACCAGAAAGAAAAACAGCAUCCAAAGCAAAAACAAAAAAGGAUAAAACAAAAGAGGUUGCAAAGCUUCUUGAUCAAAAGCGAUCUCAGAAUGUUGGUAUUCUUAUAUCUAGUCUGAGAAUAGAAAUUGCUGAUGUUGAAAAUGCUUUAUAUAACUUUGACACUUCAACUUUGGAUUUGGAUGCACUUCAAGCAAUUUAUGAAAUUCGACCAACUCCUGAAGAAUUGCAGUUAAUCAAAAACCAUUUAGAAUCAAAUAAGGAUGUUCCUCUUGAUAAACCAGAACAAUUUCUCUAUGAUUUAGCACAAAUUCCAGAAUAUGCAGAUCGUGUCUCAUGCAUUAUGUUCCAUUCUGCUUUCACAGAAACCAUUUCAUCUAUUGAAAACAGGUUAAAUAAUUUGAAAAUGACAUGUGAUUUUUUGAUGAGCGAUGCUGAUAUACAAAAAGUGUUUGGAAUCAUUCUUGCUUUAGGGAAUUAUAUGAAUGGUGGUAACAGAAAUAGAGGUCAGGCUGAUGGAUUUGGUUUAGAAAUAUUACCUAAAUUAAAAGAUGUUAAAAGCAAAGACAAUUCUCUUACUCUUCUCCAUUAUAUAGUAAGAACAUAUGUAAAGCUGUAUCAAAAAGACUGUGCAUUAGAUAAAGCAAAAUUACCAGUUCCUGAACCCAGUGAUGCUGAAAGAGCAAGUCUUGUAAAUUUUGAUGAUAUUGCAAAUGAUCUUAAGAAGUUGCAUUCACAAAUCAAAAGCUGUGAAUCAAAAGUUCAAAAAGUCUUGAAUUCUUCUGAUGAAGAGCACCAGCAACCAUUUAAGGAUAAAAUGGAUGCUUUUCUAAAAAAGGCAUAUGAAGAGCACAAAGAGCAAGAAGAAAAUCUUGAGGAAUGCAAAGCAAAGUUCAAUGAAGCUAUAGCUUUCUUCAGUUGGAAAGCAAAAUCAGGAAAUCCAUCAGAAUGGCCUCAAGAAUUUUUUAGUUACUGGAAAUUAUUUUGCAAUGAUUUCAAAGAUAUUUGGAAAAAAGAAAUUCAUAGAAAAGCUAAAGAAGAGCUUGAAAAAGUGAGGAAAAAAUUACAAGAUAUAAAAGAGGAAAGAAAAUCAACUGUUGUGAAAGUAAAAGACAAACCGCAUGGCUUAAAAGCUAAAUUAGCCAAGAGAGGAAUGCUGUUAAAUGAUUCAACGACGGAUUCAUGAAAGUCUCUUCAAUAUCAUGUAGAUACCCCAUCAUGAAGUGCCUAUAUUUUGUUGUCCAGUAUAUACACAAUAAGCAGCUGAAAUUUCAUUUUUGCUAGAAUAUAUCAUAGUAUUUUUAUAACAAUCACUUUUGUGAGCCAAAAAAUUCCAUUGUAUGUAUUUACUUUUAAUGUUUGAGAAACGUGCACUGCAUUAUGCAUAUUUUAAUUGAUUAGUGUAGCUACAUCAUAUAGUACAAAUACACUGUCUUAGCUUAUAUUUUCUUUUAAAGUAAUGAUUGGUUUGCUGUUUUAUUAAAUAUUUUGGAGUGAUUGUGAUACCGAGUUAAUCAAAAUAAUGAUAUUCUUAUAUUAUGUUUAUUUUUAUUUUGAAACAUUUUGAUAAAUUGAUUGUUUACAAAGAAAAAUUGUUUGUUUAUUAUUAUAGCCUGAGCCUUAAUUUCAUAAACAACACUGGAAAGCAUGCUCAUUUGAAUUCUUUAAUGUCAUAUGUACCUUAAUGCAUAUAUUUUUAAUAUUUUAAUAUAUGAAACAUUUUCAUAAGCUUUCAAAGUGGGC